AAAGAAAGAAACAAACAAAGGAAGGAAGAAAGAGAGAAAGAAAGAAACAAAGAAAGAAAGAAGGAAAGACAGAAAGAAAGAAGACGAAAAGAAUAAUUGGAAAACAAAAUAUUCUCUUCAGAAAAAAGUCAACAGGCAUUGCUAUUUGGCACCAUUAACGGUUCUGGUGGUGUCUUAGAACUGUCAGCCAAAACUGGUGAACGGUCAAUUUCCAAAAGCUUAUGAAGCAUCAUCCAUACAUGUGUAUACGUAUACUCUUUUAAGUUUAUGUAUAUUUGUAUACAUAUAUAAAUCUUUCUGUGAAUUCUUCAAGCUUUGAUUGGAUUUGACUGCAACUAAUUGUGAUAACACGAAAGAAUAAAAACUAUAGAAGAAAAAAGAAGAAAAAAUUCAUUCGUUUUUUUAAGCAACUAGGACAACUAUGGGUGCCUCAAUCUGCAGAUCGAAAGUCGGCUGGCUUUUGUUAAUACUCCAAGUAAUCUUUAUUAUAUUGUUUGCUACCACUGUAGAGUAUACGAAGACCGCAGACAGUAAAAUGUCCAAGGGUACCAAGAACACUGAUGUCUCAUCAUAUUAUGCAAUGUUUCAAGAUGUCCACGUCAUGAUAUUUGUUGGAUUCGGCUUUCUAAUGACUUUUCUGAAGAGAUACGGUUAUGGCAGUGUCGGCUACAAUUUCCUAAUUGCCGCCUUCAUAUUGCAAUGGUCUACGCUGGUAGGAGGUUAUCUGCACGGCAAAGGAAAGACGAUUCACGUGGAUAUGUUAAGGAUGCUGGGAUCUGAUUUUUCUGCUGCUGCUGUUCUUAUUACAUUUGGAGCUCUUCUUGGUAAAGUCAGCAUUCUGCAGUUGAUUGUUCUGGCGUUGAUUGAGAUUGUUUUGUUUGUCGUCAAUGAAUAUAUUGGUCUCGAGAUACUACACACGGUUGAUGUUGGAGGUUCCAUGUUUGUCCAUGCUUUUGGUGCCUACUUUGGAUUGGCUGUCAGCCGCGUUUUAUAUAACCCAGAAGUUGAAGAGUCGAAAAAGGAAGGAGCUGUAUACCAUUCUGACAUUUUCGCAAUGAUCGGUACUGUUUUCCUCUGGCUGUUUUGGCCCAGUUUCAACAGUGCUCUGGCCUUAGGAGAUGACCGUGAGAGGGCUUUGAUCAACACAUACUAUGCUCUAGCGGCCUGCUGUGUAGUUAGCUUUGCUGUGUCAUCCUUACUGGACAAGAGAAGUAGACUGGACAUGGUUCAUAUCCAGAACGCUACUCUAGCUGGUGGAGUCGCAGUGGGCACUUCUGCAGAUUUGAUGAUCCAACCUUAUGGUGCAAUAAUUAUAGGUUCAGUUGCUGGCUUGGUCUCUACUUUUGGUUACAAAUAUAUAACACCGUUUUUGUCAUCCAAGCUGAAAACUCAUGAUACGUGUGGCGUGAACAAUCUGCACGGCAUGCCUGCUCUUAUUGCAGGUAUUGCCGGUGCUGUCGCUGCAGCGAUUGCAACAGAAGACACUUAUGGACUCAGUCUCUAUGAACAUUUUCCGUUCCGUCUUCCUGCAAGCAACGGCACAGAGUUUAUUCGAAUUGGAAGUAACAUGUCGAUAGAACUAGGAGCUGGAAGAAGUGCCAUUGAACAAGGAGGAUAUCAGAUGUUAGCUCUUGUUAUUACCCUGGCUAUUGCUGUCGUUGGGGGAGCUCUAACAGGUGUCAUCUUGAAAUUUGUGCCUGUUCUGGAUCAACCACAUGAUGAUAACCUAUUCGACGACAAGAAAUACUGGCACAUACCUGUAGAUGAGGAAUCUACGCAGAAUGGGGACACUAACCAGUUAGCCCAAGUUUCAGCAUAACAUGCUGUCAUGGAACGAAUUGGAUUACAUGGCCAUUUACAAGGAAAAUCGUUUGCUCGGCCUAUUGGCACAUAAAUAGGAUACAAUAUUGUACACACAUGCACAUACACAUAUGUGUGUGAGUGUAUGUGCAAGUGCACAUACGUAUGUACAUUGUGCAUAUGUGCAUAUUUAUCUAUACAUACAUAAAUACAUACACACUCACACAUAUUAAAUUAAAUCCAAUACAAGGAAAAUAAGGAUGAAAACAUUCAAUCUUUAGUUGGCUCCACUGUUUAAUACCCAAUCUUAUACAGAAAAACUUUACAAUUCACAUGGGUAUAUAUUAAAUUCAUAAAAAUGAAUAAAAAAAUGAAUAUA